AAAUACAAAGCCGCAACUCCACCGCUCUUACCUCAACACACGCCACUCUCACAUUGAGUUCACUCUCACCUCGCACCCAACCGAUACGCGGCCCGAUAAGAAGGUGCCCAAGUAUUUGAUCUUCUCACCAUCACUUCACUAAUCUCCAGCCGUGCACCCUCAAUUGCUCCGCCACCCACUCCAACCAAGCAGGCUGCACUUUCCUUUGCCCCGCCACGUUGUUCACUCACGACACCGCACACACAGUCGUCACCGUACACCAGGUGCUGAAGAGCAGCACGUCCGUCUGUAAUCUCCACAAGCAGCCCCGACACCCAUCAUGCCAACGAUCGUGGACCCAAGUAGAGUCAAGUGCACGUUUGCCCAAUGCGACCUCUACUUUAACAGCAAGAAGGACAUGCAGCGGCACAAGAAGCUUGAUGACGACCAUGACUACUGCCACAAGUGCGACGAGGACUUUGAGACCUACGACGACAUGGCGAUGCACAAGAUCUACAGGCCUGACAUGCACAACAAGGCCUGCCGUGUCUGCGGUCAAGAAUUCAAGUCCGAUUCUGGGCUGAAGCGUCACAUCGAGCUGACCCACAAAAUCGACCAGAAGCUGACUUGCAUUGGCUGUCACAAGUCUUUCUACAGAGCUUGCCUGUUCAUUGAGCAUCUCGAGUUCAGCUAUUGCGAUGUCAUCUCUGCAUCUCAGUUCCAAGGACAUAUUGUUCACAAGCACUUGAUCAUGGCACUGUUGAAGGACGGCGAUGCCAUCGCACGCUUCCAAGCCAAACAGGCCAAGUUCGAAGCCGCUCACGGUGAUGAAGAAGAAGGUGGUGUUUGUCUUGACGAUCCCCUGGACAAAGAUGAAGAGAUUGGAGAUGUCAGUUUCGCUGCCAUUCAGCCUGACGCCUCCACUACGUCUCUUCCUCCUGCUUCAGCUGUUCCAUACCCACCUCUGCCGUCGCAUGCUCGAGCCACCAGAUACAACGUCGAAGAGGUUGCUUCUAAUAUCGAUGCAAUGUCAGUGAACGAUGACAACGAGUCGAUCACUGUCGUGGGAUCGCAGAAAUCUGCUCCUCAGUCUACCGACAGAAGCUCAUCUUAUGCGGGUUCCACAUCGACAGGUCACCAGCUCAAAGUCUGGGCCAGCCGUGGCGGAAAGCCAGCUAGUAGCACCCUGUUCCCUAACGCCAAAGCCACACCAGUGACUGAGGAGUUCUCCAUUGCUGCACAUGAUAAGAGUAUGGAGCAAGAGCACGGCAUCAACAUCAUGAAGACACGCUUUUGGGAUCCACAGAGUGCCGACUGGAAUCCCGAGCGUUUCUACGACUCCGUCAUCAACAAGUACAACUGUCCUUUCGUGUGUGAGGUUACCCUCGAUUCACCUGGCGACCUUAACAACCACAUCAACUGCGAUCACCGUCUUACUCGCAUGAAGUGCCCAUCAUGCCUGAAGUACUUCAAGUCUGCAACUGCACUGAUGGCGCACUGCGAGAGCCGCGGGGCUAGGUGCCAAAUUAAUAAGGCUGACGACUUCGCUAUCUUCCUGGAUAGCUUGUCUGGCGGUUUCCUUGGUGUCAACGAGAUUGUUCGCCCCGAUCAUCUCAACAACCCCGAGUUCAUGAUCACGAACCCAGAUACGGGCCGGAUCGAGCCAUACAGGCCCCCGGUCGCCUCCUACCUCCAGUACACGGUCACUAAGCCUCCGGACUGGAAGGAGCCUGCUAAGCGUGGCGUUCAGAUAGGGUAUGACGUGAAGCAGAACCACUGGCAGAAGUAAGGGCUGGGGUGGUACGAGUGGCCGGAGCCGUAUGGCAGGACUACUACGGUAUAUUGUCAAGGAGACAUCAUGAUCUCCAUGCAGUUUGACGAUGGUAAUUCGGUGUAAGGUGGUCAGGGUUGUGGUUAGAGACUUUUUCCUUCUGCUUUAGUCUUCGUAGCCUGAUAUACGAGACGUCACAGUAGGAUUCUGGCACAGGUAGCUGUGGACUUCGGCAUCGAGAGCAAAGGCUUAGCAGCCACAGCAAAUGCUCUAUAGCGAAAA